UUAAAAGGGGGGCGUGGAUCAGAGAGAGAGAGAGAGAGGGGCGAUCUCGCUCGCUGGCAACCACCGAGGCUCACCCGCCCACCUGCCGGCCGUGCCGAGCCCGCCACCACGGUGUUUCCACCCACCGGACGAUGAGAAAAUAACCCCGGCUUGGACUGAGCAUCCGGAGGAGGAGUGUUCGGAGAGUCGGCGGCGCAUCAGGGCAACAGCAUGGUCCAGCAACGCAGCUCCACGCGGACCCGAGGCGUGGAAGCGAAGCAGGAGGCGUGUUCCAAAGGCAGCUUGCUGUUGAAAGAUGGCACGGGCGAACCGGACUGGUGCAAGACCCCCAGCGGGCACAUCAAACGCCCCAUGAACGCCUUCAUGGUGUGGUCCCAGAACGAACGGCGGAAGAUCAUGGACCAGUGGCCCGACAUGCACAACGCCGAAAUCUCCAAGCGGCUGGGACGGCGCUGGCAGUUGCUCCAAGAUUCAGAGAAGAUCCCUUUCGUCAAGGAGGCCGAACGGUUACGCCUCAAACACAUGGCCGACUAUCCCGACUACAAGUACCGGCCCAGGAAGAAAGGCAAGCUGGGCAGUGCCAAGGCCCGGCCCAGGGUGCCCGUCAAGAUUAAACCCUCCGUCCUUGGACGGGCAGCUUCGCCCCGGAGGCAGACGCCGAAGCCGGAUCCCGAAGGCCAGGGGGGAUGCGCCUCUCCAAAGCCAGACGACGACCCCUUGGAAGCCCGCAUCCUGGAGGUAUCGUUUGACGAAGGUCCCAAAACCUCCAGCAAGGAAUUCUGGCACGUGCUUCCCGCAGGUGGUGAGAAAGGAGAGUGGGAAGCCAACUCUGGCCAGGCCAAAGACGCCGAAGCCGGCGAGCUCGCCAAGCCCUGGUCCUCCGACGUGUCUUCUCCAGCUUCUACGAGAUCUUCUUCUUCUUCUUCUUCUUCCUUUGCCUCCUCAGAUGACGAGCCAGAGGAAGAUCUUUGGAACGUUGUGCCCAGCCGAGUCCAGCCAAACACGCCCCCUUGCCGGAGCCCGGACUGGUCGGUCUUUGAUAAAGAUCUGGAUCUUUUUCCUUUGGGCGCCUCGUCUCAUUUUGAGUUCCCCGAUUACUGUACCCCGGAAGUGACUGAGAUGAUCGCAGGGGACUGGCUGAUGUCCAGCAUUUCGGACUUGGUCUUUACGUACUGAAUCCUCCCAGGGAACUCUCGCUUCUCAACAAUCAGGUGGUUCCGGAAAAGACAAAAAAACAAAAAAAAAAAACAUGCAGAGAGAAAAAGAGAGAAAGAAAAAGAGAAGAAGAAACCCAGCUGUUUACAUACAGAAUCAGGUAUCUCCACAGCUUGCCUUGGCUUCAUUCAAAGGCAAGUCCUCCAUCAGCCCAUCCCCCACUGCCUCCUCCUUCCCCCCCCAGCACACACCCACUUGGCCAGCCUCUCCUGCCUUGCUCGGGGAGGCUGCCCGUCACCUCUCAACCCCCCCACCCUUCCUCUUCUCUCCACUUUGAAGCCAUCCUGGCUUGGCACCGUGUUUAUUUACCCAUGAAAUUUGACUGUCUAGUCUGGUUUUGCCUUGUAAUCCGACCGUUCGUCGCUGAUCCUUUCAACCGUCUUUGCAGCUGCUUUCCGGCUCGGAUGGAAGGAUGGAUGCCAUCCAUGCUGAUGCCCCCUCCUUCCUCUCCCCUCUCUCCCUCUGCCCUCGGGGUGCCCACAUUCCCUCGCUUGGCAUCCCACUUGUCACCCUGUUCUCUCCUGCCUCCCCACACCCCCAUCACCCCACCUCGAAGGGUGUCUUUGCCGGG